UGUGAUUGUGUUUGUUUUUAAAAGAUGCUUUACUUGUUUCUGAGAUCAAGCCUGAACUGUCAGAGCAGGUCUUACAGUGAUGCUCAUCUUCUCAGAAUCACAGAGUUGGCGUCCCACACCUUCUCUGCCCUCACCAACCUGCGCUUCUUGGACCUCAGUGCCAACCAGCUGGCUCUCAUUCACCCGGAGGCUCUUAGCAUCCCCGACAGUCCUCUUCAGGAGCUCAACCUGAGCCAGGCUCUGCACAACUUCACUGCACUGACAGACCUUACCACCGCUCUGCGCUGGGGUGGGCUUUGGGGUCUACUCCGCCUGGACCUCUCUGGAAACCACCUGGCCCUGUUGCCUCCUGGAAUGUUCUCCUAUGUUCCCAGUCUGCGGCAGCUCCUUCUCUCCAACAACUCUUUGCUGGCGGUGUACAGUGGGACCUUUUCUGGCAUGGCUCACUUGGAGAUACUGGACCUGACGCAUAACGCUUUCAAGACUCUCAGGGCAGAUGGUCUACAAGAGCUGGACAGGCUCGGGAACAUAAAAAUCCUCCUGGGUAACAACCCGUACAACUGCACCUGUGAGAUCCAUGAUUUUGUCACUUGGCUCAACAAAUCCAAAGCUCAAGUGGAUGUGGAAGCUGUUAGAUGUAGUUCACCUGAAGACUUAAACAACUCCCUGCUGAGAGGUCUCACAGUCCAGGCUGUUGGUUGUAUUGUUCCAGUCCUUUCGGAGGUGACUGACAUCACCCUGCCAACGUCCUACGCCUUCCUGGGGUUAGUGUUAGGCCUUGUGGGCAUGGUGUUUCUGUUCGUGGUCUACCUGAAUCGCAAUGGCAUGAAGAAAUGGAUCACUGACACGCGAGACGCAUGCCGGGACAUUCUGGAGGGAUACCACUACCGGUACGAGAUUGACUCAGACCCUCGGCUGGGCCACAUCACAGCAGGUGGGAGCAGGUCGCAAAGGCACGCGGGAACAACGCUGUCCCAACAGCAGCUCAGAGACACCCGGAUCAUCCAGAGUCCCACACAAACAUUAGCCAAACAGGUGACAAUCUCCCCUAAUGCAAACUCAUGAAGGAUCCUCGCCUAAACUGCUGUUUACACCUUCCAGUGCAUGUUGCAGUAAGAACCUUAAAAAAUGAACUUAAGUGCCUUCCUGUUCUUGAGGCACUGAAACUGCAUCUGCAACCAUUAUCUGCUCGCUAUAUGAAUCUGAUGUGUCUGCAUGCGUGUGUACCUGCAUGUCCAUAUGGAUAUAUACAAAGUGUGUAUAUUUAUACAUGCAUUCAACAAAAUAGCUUAAAUAAUGACUUUCAUAAGAUAUGACUAACUUUAUAAUGUAUGAGACCUAUAGAGAGGAAAUCGAUUAGUCUUUACUUUUCUCUUUGGCAAAAAUGUCCAUAUUUCAUUUAUACUACAUGUUGGAAUGAAACAAAGACGUUAAAAUCUUUAGUGUAAUAGGAUAGAUCUUAAAAGCCAGCUUGAAACAAUAAAAAAAUAAGUAGUAUAUUUUAGAAUAUAAUGCUAAAUAUAAUUUAUUAAAACACAAAAAAGUAAAUUAAUAAGUUGUACUCCUAACUACUGCCAAGAAUUGUGUAUAAUAAAGCUGUUGUGUGAUAGUAAAUGUGUAUUUAGACUAAUUAUGAAUAAAAUAUUUGCCUUUUA